AUGAAAUUUGGUUACACGUUGACAGAGGUGCAGAAAGGGAGAUUGGAACGGGGUUCUUUCAUCACGAACUACAGUGCUGCUCCUGAAGGCUAUCGAAUCACGAAAGUUGUUCUCGUUUCGAGAGCCGGACUGGUUCGCUGGUGGCUGGUAAAAGCGGCGCGGGAGCAUGCGGCGCGCAGUCAGCGCAUCGGAGAUCUAUCGCGCGCACGCACCAUGCUCCUAACUAUCGCCUUUUUGUUUGCUACUGCGGCCGCCGGGCCCGUAUUAUACGACCAGCGACAAGAUGGCAAGUUUAAUGCCCAAGUCGAUAUUUCUAAUGUGAUGGUUCUCUUCGCCAUACCAUCAAAGAUUCCCAACAGCGUGUUCGAUAUCUUCUCUAAGAGUGGUAAGCCUGCAAAUGAGGAACACGAGGGGAUUCAAGACAGAGCUGAUGUUCGGGUGAUGGAAGCAUUCGUCGAGCCAAGUAAACCAUACAAGGUUGAGAUUGGAUCAGAUGAAAGUUCUGGAGAAAGCGAUGGACGAGCUGUGGAAGUUGUGAUCGCGGGUAGACGCCGCUUUGGAAAUGAUGGACCUGACGCUGAACAAGAUGACUUAAAGCUUCUAGGUGCGACAGAAAACUGUGGCCCUGACCGUGUACGAGACUCUGUCACUCUUAUGUGCAAAGAUAUAGAACCAGUCAAAGUCAUUAGUGAUUCUGAAGUUAAGAAAGAAGCAGAUCAAAAAGUGCUAAUUUUAGAAGUUCAACCUGCGCCUGCGCCAGAAGUAAUUAGUUCAUAG